UGUUCUGCAGCCGGGCGGCCAGUUCUGUGGAGAUGGAGGCAGUUCUGUCAAAGCCUCGGUUCCAUUUGGACCUCUGGCUCGGCUUCACCGUCCACAACUGGAUCCUGGAUGUGGGCCGGCCUGUUGUCAUGCUUGUCCUUCCAGCAGACUGGUUUCCUCUGAACCGUCCUGGCGCUGCAGAAUACCUCCACAUACUGUAUAACAUCACCACACCGCUCAUCCUGCUCAAAAUGCUUGAACGCAGCCCCAGGACGUUGCCCCGGCCUGCUGUCCAUCUCGGCAUCAUUGCCCUCGUCAUGGGAACCAGCCUCCACCUGGCGGCCGACUCCAUCACCCGACGGCUCUUGGUGAUUGGCUACCAGCUGCACCUGUCAGUCAGAGAGAAUCCAAUCAUGAGGAACCUCAAACCGUCGUCUCUGAUCGAUGCCUUUGAGCUCCUGUUUUACUUUGACGACACCCUUGGUCAUCUGAUGUGGUUUGUUCCCCUCUUCCUUGUCCUCUUCCUCUUCUUCAGUGGUUGUUUCAGUCACAGGAGACAGGAGGAGAAGAUGCCGUCGGCAGGGUGGAUGCUACUGGUCCCCAGUGCCGCCUACUACUGGUACCUGAUCACCGAGGGACAGACCUUCAUCCUCUUCAUCUUCACCUUCUUCGCCAUGACCGCCACAGUGAUGCACCAGAGGAGGCGGGGCAUGGUUCCCGACGGCAACGGCCUCUUCAUGCUCUACAGUUUCUCUGCAGCUCUUUUCCUGGUGGCGCUCUGGGUGGCCUGUCUGUGGAGCGACGGUGUCCUGAGGAAGAAGCACCCCGGGCUUAUCUACAUCCCACAGCCUCGUGCCGUAUACACACUCCACAUCCGUCAGGGCACCCAGACGUAACAGAAGUGCUCAUUUAAAAAAACACUUUCUCCAAUAGACAUUCAACCUUCGCUCUGUCAGUGAGUCAAUGUGUCACUUUAAUCUGACCACAUGCAGGUGGAACCAGACGCUCUGUUCUGUAGCUACCAAGUUUUGAGGGGACAGAUAAUGGAUUUUCUCUGCUCUGGUUGAAACUUUCAAAUGUUGUAAUGGCAAAAAAAAACAUUAAGGUUGUGAUCAGAGAAGGACAGAAAUGUCUCAGACCACUCGAGGCUGUCCAAGUGUAACUUAAACAUUUUCAAACUUUUAUGCCAAGCUUAGAAAAACUUAGUAAAAAAAAAAAAAAAAAAAAGUAAAAUGUGAAGUGAGUCUCAGUCUCAGGGUGGAUUUUACUAACAAUGAUGUUAAUUCAAGAGGACCUAUUAUGCUCAAUUUCAAGUUCACACUUUUAUUUUGGGUAUUUCUAGAAUAUGUUUAUGCCAAAUAACACUGUGUUUUUGUCAAUGUGUUUGUGUUGGAACACCUGUAUUCACCUUCUGUCUGAGAUUCUUUGUUUUAGCACCUGUCUCUUUCAGAACCCCUCCUGAAUAAAAA